ACCAAAUAACAGCCCGCCAUGCCUCAGCAUCCGUACGAUUGGUCGGUUUACAUCAUCAAUCUACGGGAUUGUCGGGAGGUUGCUGACUGUGAUUUUGCUCUGGAUGUUGAAAUUCAGAAAACAGAGUUUAGUGAAUGCAUGGCCGAAUAAUAGCUUUUGUUCUAGACGGAGGACUUCCACGUUUGGCCUACUUCUGCGGAGGCCUGAUCUGAAACUCCGGCGGCUGGAGUUCAAAGCCGCAUGAACAGACGAGCCAUUAAAAUAUCAUCCAGACUGCAGCCCUCAGUUCCAUACACUCCCAAACUCUUUCCAGAGAGGGAGAGAGAGGGAAAGAGCCAAGGAAAGCUGGUGAGCUGAAAGUUUUGUCCUAAGGACGUUAUCUUUAUUAAAGAAAUCUGGACGAUGUCUUCAACAGGUGGAAAACGGUAAGAUUUGUGGCAUAGGGACAAAAUGAAUCUUGGAUGUUGGAAUCUCUCGGUAUUUUUACCGAACAAAAUAAACAGUAAAAGUAUGUAAUAAUGUGUUAUGCAUACAUACGCAUUGUAUGCAACAGCUAAAUUAACCACCAAGAUGUGUUAGGCUUGGUGCAUGUGAUAGAAUUCUGUAUUUUUUUCUGCGAAAUGAACUGCGUAAAAAUGUAUUAAAAACGGAAAAGCACGCCAUAUAUAGAUUUCAUAAUUUUGAUGCUAAAUCAAAAUUGCGCCCUAUGAUUGUGCAUUCAUGUUAUUUAAGAUUCAAAUGCAUACUAUGGAAAGCACAAUAGCUUUAACAUUUAAUUUCAUGUUUAAAUUGAAUGAUUUUUUGGUGCGUAAUUAUGCAGACUGUUCUGUCGCCAUACGUAAUUGUUUUAUUCAAUGAUUUAAGGAAAUAGCUGACAUUCGUUCACGAAUUACUUUUAUUUGCAUAUUUGUUUUUUCUGCCACAAGUAAAGUAGCUUGUGACGAAACUUUCUGUGGAUAUGCCUGAAGAAUGCAACUACGACGUAUUAAACCAUGAGCCCUAUAGCCAUCUGAAUAUCAUUCUAACUAUUCUUCAUAGUUCACCAAAUGUUUACUUAUUUAUGACAUGGAUGGUGUUGCUUUGUCACCGUAGGCCUGACAGAUCAAUUCAUGAGGUCUCUCAAGGGAAUUCAAGAUUCCCAGAAUAAACAAUUGAAUGCAUCUUGACUAUACUCAAAAUGAAGUCAAGGUGGAAAAAUGCCACUUUAGUGGCUUUUAAUAUUUGUAUGAUAAUAUUUAUAUUUUGUUCACUCAAACUAAGGAAUUCUAUAGGUCGACAUUUUACACGAUCACAAUAGCAUUGAGGUUCAUUAAGGAAUGUUUCAAUGUUUUAUUGCUGCAUCCAACAACAACAAAUUGAUGCCUCGCCUCAAGUCUUCGAUGUGAUGCAUAUGUGAACGCAAACAUACUAAAAGUUUCACGCCACACACCAGUGUGGAGUCGGGUGGGAGGGUCAACUGUUUCCAUUUGAAUCAAUACACAUGAGCUUUAAAUUAAUAUGAUUACGCUCUCAUACUGUUUCUAUGCUUGAACGUACAAUCCUUCUGAUGGCAAUACAGUUUUACACAUUAUAUUUGACAUGAAUAGAAUUGUAACUUACUGACAUUCUUUUGGGUCAAUUCACCCAAAACGUAUACGUACUUCACAUCCUCGAGAUGAUUUAGGUUGCAGUUACAACGUGUGUAUUUUAGUAAAUACUAUUUUUUUGUGGAAUUAAAUGUGACUAAUCACAUAGACUACUACUGGAAACUUCCUCUUUGGGUCACAACUUUACUAGAACCACGAUUUCAAGAAGUUUGCUGCAAAAAGAAGAAAGUGCAAAACUUGCAGAAACAGGGACGCAAAGGAAUUUAACACACACACUCACUUUAAAAGAAGUACAUUAUUGUGUAAAAAUGCUCACCCUAUUUUCUAAACUUUGUUGAUCACUUACCUAAAAUAAGUAACCGGUCUUGAUACAAUAGUGCAUAAAUGGGAUACACCAAUGUAUUGGCCUAUAUAAACAUUUGAGCUUUUGCUGUGUUUUCAUAGCAAAAAAUAAAACACCUUUUCCAUACAGGCACUCACUGACCACAUAUCAAAACUAUUUCCUUAAAUGCUUUUGCGUGGAAUGUCUUCCUUUAGACCGAGCAAAAAAAUGUGUUCAGACGGUGGGGGUUAUUUUUUCAAGGUUUUAACUAUAUAGAAUAAAAAGCCGGUUGCAGUUUCAUGAUUGCAUUGUAUUUCUUUAGGCCUAUAUGACACUAAUAAUUAAACGAGUGUUUAUUAAAGGUAAUCUGCUACUUUUUCCAAGAUUCAAAUUUUAAAUUCUACUUAACAUUUACACUGGCUGCCCUGCCAAGAUUCUUUGCUUUGCUGCCCUGUACACUUUUGAUGAAGCACCACCUCCUGUGUGCCUGAUCCGCCACUGCUGAACAACUGAGGCCGAAAAUUACCCCCGAUCAUAACAACAGGUCUUUUGCGUUACUUAUUUUCUCCGGACAAUAGGCGCCCUUCGCGCUUUUCACAAGACACCGAUCCCAUGACGACGCAGAGCAUGGUUAGAGAAAAAAUCUCGUGAAAACAUUUAACAAAGGGUUAAAUACAGAAACAUCGGAGCCUGAGUAGACAGCAUAAAAAUGACAACGUCAACUUUGUACUAACAGUCGUUUCCGGGUUUAUUGUGUAGCCUACUCGCGCGCGGAUGUUUUUGGUGAACCGACUAUGUAACGGUAUAUGUUUAGUGCUUGCAAAUACCAUUCGGUUCUGUUUUCCUAUAGCGGUAUGGAAAAUGCUCUCGCCUCAAAGCGCGUUGCAGACUUUCCACCGCUGCAAUAUAAAGAAAGGUUUCAUCGCUUCGAUGUAACUUGGGAUCGCAGUUAAAAGUACAAUAACCUUUGCAUAAGAAAAACAUUUUUUCAUCUGCUGCCUGAGGCUCGACGCAUGCGCUCUAGCUGUUUGCUGUCACUAAAACAUUUUUCUUCACAUUGGAAACUGUCACGAGUGACGUCAAUCACAGAGCUCUGACCAAUUAGAACGCUCGGUGAUUGUUUGGCUCCACGGGCUGCAGCGCCUACCAUGAAUCUCUAUUCAGUAUAUCAAAGCGUCCUGCUGCUGCCUCUCAACCGAAUGGGACUCCACGUAGGCACUGAGAUAGCAACUAAACUUUAGGGAAGUAGAUUUUUUUUCGUCUGUAUUUUUCAAAGCGAUUAAAAUAUAUUUGUCAUCAUCAUUAUUAUUAUUUUGCCUGCUGUCAAGUUAUUCUAAAAUUAGGAGUAAUGAGCGUGGAUGCUUUGGGAAGCCCUGUGAUGGACCCCGCGUUUUCCAAACGGAACACGACGCUGAGAUUAGUUGACUUGGCAGGGGCUCACCACCAUCACCAUCAUCACCACCAUACCCCUCAGAGCGUGACAGGCUUCCCGGGGUUUAGCAGCCAUCCACACUCAAUGGCUCACUCGCACCCUGGGGAGAUGACUGCGGAACCCCGCCUGGGGCCGAGUCCAUUCGGGCCAGAACACAUGGGGCACUCCGCGGCCCUCAAAAUCAGCCCAACCCAUCAUUAUCCCCACCACCAUCACCACCACAAUCAUCAUAUUGCAGGCCACGCUGAAGUGGUCUCCAGUCAAACGGGAGCUUUUGGCCCGGUGCAGGCGGCUACGGUCCCGUACUCCAUGUCUCACACGGCCCAGGCGUUAUCCGCAGGUAGGGAUUUCCUCAUUCGACGAGAUUUGACAGCUCAAGCCAUGCCCGUGCUGACCGAUCAGACUUCUGGUUCAGCCUCUCACCACGGAAUGUUUGUCUCAACAACAGGUAGCUAUCCGGGACACUAUGGUCAUCACCCCGACCCUGGGAACCAUACUCUCUUCCCUGGACUUCAUCACGAACAGCCAUCUAACGGAGCACCGGGUGGCCAAGCCUUGAACGGACCAAUAAGGUUAGGAAUACCUGCCGAAAUGUACGUUAGGUCUGAUCAUUUGAGUCAAGUAGCGAGCUCCAGGGCAGACCCGUUUGCCGGUUCUCCUCUGCACGGAUACGGCGGACUCAAUCUGAACAUGAACCUCAGCGCACACCACCACGGAGCCGUUGCUUUUUUCCGUUACAUGCGACAACCGAUCAAGCAAGAGCUCAUCUGCAAGUGGUUGGAACCGGAGCACUCAGUCAAGAAACUUUGCUCUAAAACUUACAGCACCAUGCACGAACUGGUGACGCAUGUGACUGUCGAGCACGUCGGAGGACCAGAGCAAGCGAACCAUAUCUGUUUUUGGGAAGAAUGUCCACGAGAGGGAAAGCCGUUUAAAGCAAAGUACAAACUCGUGAAUCACAUCAGAGUGCACACCGGAGAGAAACCGUUUCCCUGUCCGUUUCCUGGCUGUGGAAAAGUAUUUGCCCGAUCGGAAAAUUUGAAAAUCCACAAGAGGACACACACAGGUGAAAAGCCUUUUAAAUGUGAAUUUGACGGCUGUGACAGACGGUUUGCCAACAGCAGUGAUCGAAAAAAGCAUUCCCACGUGCACACCAGCGAUAAGCCCUACAACUGCAAAGUCAGGGGUUGUGACAAAUCGUACACGCAUCCCAGCUCUUUGAGAAAACACAUGAAGGUUCACUGCAAGUCUCCACCUCCGAGUUCGGGUUACGAAUCAUCGACUCCAUCUCUUGUUUCUCCUUCAUCGGACUUGGGACGGGAGCCAGCUCCCUCCACGCUCUCCGAACCUCUCUCACAAUCGUCCCAGGCGGCAAAUUUAAGCGAAUGGUACGUGUGUCACAGCUCCGGUGCCAGUGGCCCUCAGACCCCACCCAGCGGUUCAUCCACACCGGGCCAUACAGAUGGGCCGCCGUACUGCAAUGCUGAACGAAGGGACGCCUUCUAGCAAAAAGACAGCCCUCUAAUAUUCCCUUAUUUGACAAUUUCUUAUUUUUGGACUGAAUGGCCACAGACUGACGCCAAGUCAGUUUAAAGAGUAGGCUUGUUCAAUUUUGAUGCCUUAUUGAAGGAUGCACUGGCCCCUGACAGCUGAUGUCACUGCCUAACCACCAAUCGAUUAAAAAAGUCACGCGUGUCUAUGUUUUUAAAUAGAGUACUGAUCGUACGCAUGUUGCUGUAUUAUUUUGUAAAUUCAUCUUUUUAAUUUAUUUUUAUUGGUAAAUAGUUUCUUUUUGUAUUAUUGAACCAAAGUGCUUAAUUAUUAAAUUGUACAUAUGUAAAUGAUGACGUUUUAAUGUCUAUGUGUGAACGGUAAUUUUGUAAAGUUUGGUCUUUCAGCAUUUUUUAAAUGUUUGCUACUAUACUUUGUACAAAAUUGAUAUAUGGGAUUAUUUGAGUUUCAUAAAGACGUAGACUUUUCCUCUUUUUGUGCUUUCUCCAGCCAAGCCAAUUCGAUGGAAACAGUGUUAUUGUAUUUGAUAUGACGUUUCAUUUAUGAUUAGUCAUUAAUCUAUGUGGUUAUUUUGUGAUUUUGUAAAACCUGUCAGCAAUCCAUUUUUAUGAAAAAUAUGAAUUAUCAGCAGAGACCUUAAAAUGUGUACCGAAAUGCCUUGUAAGUUGUCAGUAUUUUGAAUAAACUGUGUAUGACGCAAAGCAAGACCAAUUAUAGUACAUCGUGAAAUUCAAAUAAUACAAAAAAACUUUUAAGAAUUUAAGAAAAUUACUCAAAAUAUACAGUAAACUAAAUAAUUAUUAAAAUAUUUUUU